CGGUCCGCAAACGAGACAGAAAAAUGCGAUCCAGAUGGCAGGGCGCGGCGAAACGGCGGAGGCUGCGAUCUGCACUCGAUCCUCGAACGUCAUUUCGCCCGACAUGGCUGACAAGCCCAGCAAGAAGGCAAGAAAGUCCAAGACGGCCGAGGAUCCCGCUGACAGCCCGACGACAUCACCCGGCACAAUGGCGAACUCGAGCGCACAGAGAGCCAGCAGCGACGACACCAUCAAGGGCAAGCGCAAAAAUGCAGCCAAGGACGAGCCCAAGAAGAAGAAAAAGAGCUCGUCCAAGAGCGAGUCGGUCCAGGAGGGCCCCAAGGAUGACGAAGAGUCACUAGCUGCAAAGGCCAAAUCGGGCAAGCAUGACGACAGUCCGCCAUCGGAAGAGGAAAGGGAAAGCAAAGCGAUGAAGCGCAAGAAUCAAACCGGUGAUGCCGAGGAGAUCGCAGCCAAGAGCAAGAAGAUCAAGAAGGACAAGAAGACCAAGAAGGCGGACAAGAAGAGCAACAAGAGCGACGACGUCUCGGGCGAAUCGGAACUAGCUGAAGAGGUCGACGGAGAUCGCAAGAAGGAGAAGAAGAGCAAGAAAGCGGAAGAGAAGGUCAAGAAGGAUAAGAAGAAGGAACACGUUUCAGCCGAUGAUAAUCCCGAGCCGUCCGACCCGGAAGAGCCUCGCAAGAAAACGACCGACCAGAAGAGUGCGAAGGAUCAGAAAACUCACAAUAAAAAGGAUAAGCAAGGCAAAAAGAAAGACACAAGGCCCUCAGAUGUAGAGUCCGACGACGACAGCGAGCGCCAGUCUCCGAGCAAGCGCCGCUCCGACAAGCAGAACAAAGAAGCCAAGCCCGUCAUAUCGAAGAAGAAGAAGGACAGCGCUGAUAGCGACACCAGGAACGGAUCCGAGAGUCAGUCCCCGGCAAGCGAACGACAAGCGGGUUCCUCCUCUGCACCCCAGCCAACGAGCGCACCGACACAGACAACAGCAACAAAGCCAAGCUGGAACAACUGGUCAGAAGCAUCGUUUGAUGGCGACGAGGCCCGGAAGAACAAAUUCAUGCGGUUGCUGGGUGCCAAAAAGCACAGCGACUCCACCAACGCAUCGCAGGCCACGAGCAACACCGCCGGAACAACGGCCAUCGACUCAAGCUACGGCCAAAAGAUCCAAAAUGACCUGGAGAAGCAGUUCGAGGCUGCCUUGAACGCACAGCAGCACUAUCGACAAGGAAAGCGGCUGGGGCUGGGGCAGUGAGAUCGAGAGACACGGAGGAGCCAACAUGGACCCGGUGACGGUACGGUUGGAUGGCCCUGGAUUGUGUUCUCGGUGAUUUCGGAUUGGGUUUGCGAGGAUCGUUGGUUGUUUGUGGCCAUGGCUCGGCUGGGUCCUUCAGUACACCAUCUGCUGCCGUUAUGGGCAGCGUGCGCUGUUCAAAGCCGAGGGCUGUGCAUGCCAAUUGGAUCCAGCUCCUCAUGACCCGCAGGGAUGCAUGGGCAGCGCGAGCGUGUCUGAUACAGAAUAUG